AUGGUGGUCGCUAAAGAUGGAGGUUCAAUGGCACGCCUAGACCACAUGAAAGAAGCAGUGAAGCAGCUUGACUAUGUCAGCAACAAUGUCACUUACGACGGACAAUCAUUCGACACGCUCUGCUCUGACUUCUGUCUCAUCAAUGAACCAAUUCGACAAUUCUAUAACGCCUUGGCGAUGAAGGCCAGCUCGGACUCUAUGCAGGAACGUAUUUCAAUUACUUUCCCUACUAUGUAUGUCCUUGGAGAGAAACUUGACCUCAGUCCAAACCUUUUCGGUGUCAGAACGAAUAGCACGGAUGGCACAAUAGAGUUUUUAAAAGUUGUCGGCUUCCAACUACGAGCGAAUCGGCUCUCGAAUUGGACAAAGUUUGAUACGCAGAGAUAUGAACGACGAGUAUCGACUUAUCUUGACAAGUGGGUUUGGACAUUUCCAAGCGUGAUCGCCUCUCGAUUCGUGCUUAAAGACUGA